AACACUAAACCAUGAAUAUCUCAUUUCAGUUAACCAUUGUUGCUAUUCUGUUAUCAUUUAUAUGCUAUGCAUUUUUGAGCAAGAGAAAGAACAAAGAAAGCGGCAAAGAGGCUCCUGUCCCGAAUGGUGCAUGGCCAAUAAUUGGCCAUCUACACCUUCUAGGCAGCCACCACCAGCUACUUUACAGAACGCUCGGCAGAAUGGCAGAUCAAUACGGGCCAGCCUUUAAUAUCUGGCUUGGCAGUCGUCGAGCGUUCGUGGUGAGUAGCUGGGAAGUAGCAAAAGAAUGCUUCACAACAAAUGACAAAGCACUUGCCUCACGUCCCACCACGGUGGCCGCAAAACACAUGGGAUACAACUAUGCAGUGUUCGGUUUUGCGCCUUACAGCGCCUUCUGGCGCGAGAUGAGAAAGAUUGCGACUCUUGAACUUCUCUCCAACCGCAGGCUUGAAAUGCUCAAGCACGUUAGAAUCUCCGAGCUCAACAUGGGAAUAAGGGACCUUUACAACUCUUGGGUUAAGAACAAUUCAAAUCCUGUGGUUGUUGAACUUAACCGAUGGCUGGAGGAUUUGUCUCUCAACACGGUGGUUAGAAUGGUGGCGGGGAAACGCUACUUUGGCGCCUCUGCUAAGUGUGAUGAUGACGAGGCAAGGCGAUGCCAGAAAGCUAUUAACCAAUUCUUUCAUCUGAUAGGGAUAUUUGUUGUUUCAGAUGCUGUUCCAUUUCUGCGCUGGUUGGAUGUGCAGGGGCAUGAGAAAGCAAUGAAGAAGACGGCUAAGGAGUUAGAUGAGAUACUUGAAGGGUGGUUGCAGGAGCAUCGAAAGCGUAGGGUUCAUGGAGAAGAAGAUGAUCGAGACUUCAUUGAUGUCAUGUUGUCCCUCCAAAAACGUGGUCACCUUUCAAAUUUCCAAUACGAUUCCGACACAAGUAUCAAAUCAACUUGCCUUGCACUUAUACUUGGAGGGAGUGAUACCACAGCUGGGACACUUACUUGGUCAAUCUCUUUGCUCCUCAAUAAUCCUGAUGCAUUAAGAAAGGCACAAGAAGAAUUGGACCUGCAUGUUGGUAAGGAAAGGCAAGUUGAGGACUCAGAUAUUAGAAAUCUUAGAUAUAUUGAAGCCAUUAUUAAGGAAACCCUGAGGCUCUACCCAGCUGGUCCACUCCUAGGACCAAGAGAAGCCCAAGAAGAUUGCACCGUUGCUGGUUAUCAUGUGCCAGCUGGCACACGGUUGGUGGUUAACUUGUGGAAGAUUCAUAGGGAUCCAAGGGUUUGGAAAGACCCUUGUUCAUUUCAACCGGAGAGGUUUCUCACAAGCCAUCAUGCUGCUAUUGAUGUUAGAGGUCAAAACUUUGAACUUAUUCCUUUUGGAUCUGGGAGAAGAUCAUGUCCUGGCAUGUCGUUUGCGCUCCAAGUUCUUCACUUGACGCUUGCUCGUCUGCUUCAUGCAUUUGAUUUUGCAACUAUCUCCAACGAGCCAGUUGAUAUGACUGAGAGUCCAGGUUUAACUAUUCCUAAGGCAACUCCACUGGAGAUUCUCAUUACUCCCCGUCUUCAACCACAACUAUAUGCCUAGCUACUCAUUAUAAUAAUUAAAUUCCUCAAGUUUGCAGUAGAAUUUCUAGAUUAAGCAUUGUUCUUGAAUAAGGAAUUGGUAAAAUUCUAGUUGUUUGAUGUUACAGGUCACUAAUCACCGUUACUAUGGUAAGAGAAUAAAAAAAUAUUAUUUGUAUGCUAAAAUUAGUCACAAAAAUUAGUUGUUAUGUAUUU